AGGGUUUAGGGUUUUAAGCAGAGACGAAGUGAGGAACCACGACGACAUUUGACACUCCGCGCUCCUCGCACGCCAACAAGGGCUCGCAAGGGAUUGAUUUUUCUUUCCUCCUCUUCCCUUCGAUCAGUACCAGUUAGAGAAUGGGAAGUGGGAUGGCCAUGUCGGCCCUAAGAAGAGCUACUGCCCUCUCCGCUAGGGAUCAUAGUAUCAGCAAUAUGAUGGCUCGUGGGUCUUUCAAUGGAUCUGAAUUAUCAAGAAACAGUUUGGUGCAUGAAAAAGGGAAAUUUUGUUUAUGUUCUGGCAUAUUGGAGAAUUACUUACUUUCAAAGUCAUACUCUAGUAGAUGUUAUAACUUCGAGAGGUCUUUCCUAUGGUCACGGAAUAUUUCCUCUAAUGUUGGAGCAAGGUCAGGUGAGAAGGAUAAUGAUUCUGAGGAUGGGUUUCCCGAUAUAGAUGAACCUGCCGAUGGUACAGUAGAACCAGAUGAGGAAGUGGAGAAUGAGGAGCUUUAUACUGAAGGAGGGAUUUUGGACAUUGAAUCAGAUUCUGUUGGAAACAGAUCGCUGAAAAAUACGGUUGAACCACUCCUUGAGGCUAUAAUAAGAGCUCCGCGACACUCUGUUAAUGAUGUAUUUAUUAAGUGGGUGGAAGAAGGUAAUUCUUUGGGGCGAGGUGAAAUCUCUCAUGUAAUGCUGAAUCUCAGGAAGCGCCGGCUUUAUACAAAGGCUCUGCAGUUCCUUGAUUGGCUUGAAGCAAAUAAACGGAUUGAAUUUAUGGAGCACGAUUAUGCUUCCCGUGUGAAUAUGAUUUGCAAACUAGAUGGUCUUCAGAAGGCUGAGCAUUACAUACAGAAAAUUCCAGUGUCGCAUAGGGGUGAGGUGGUUUACAGGACUCUUCUUGCUAAUUGUGUCACUACUAACAAUUUAAGGAAAGCUGAAGAGGUGUUUAACAGAAUUAAGGAUCUUGGUCUCCCUAUCACAAAAUUUAUUUGCAAUCAGCUUCUGAUGCUUUAUAAAAGGGUAGAUCAGAAGAAGAUGCCCGAGGUUCUCGCAAUGAUGGAGAAGGAAAAUAUAAAACCAACUCUCCUAACCUACAGACUACUGAUAGAUACAAAAGGUCGUGCCAAUGACAUAUCAGGCAUGGAGCAAAUUAUAGAUACAAUGAAGGCUGAAGAGGUGAAGCCUGAUUUGAUGAUUCAAUGGACGGUUGCAAAGUACUAUAUUUCUGCUGGCCUCAACCAGAAAGCAGAAACACUCUUAAAGGAGAUGGAAGGUGAUGACAUCCAGAAGAAUUAUGUUGCACGCAAGGUUCUUCUUCCUCUUUAUGCUGCUCUUGGUAAAGCUGAUGAUGUGGGAAGGAUAUGGGAGAUUUGCAAGUCUAGCCAACGACUUGAUGAGUAUUUAGCUGCCAUUGAGGCAUGGGGUAAACUUGGGAAUAUUGAAGAGGCUGAGGAAGUCUUCGAGGACAUGAUCAAGGUAUGUACGAAGGUCUCAGCAAGGCACUACAUUACCCUAUUAAAGGUCUAUGCGAACAAUAAAUGUCUAUCCAAAGGAAAGGAUUUUGCCAAGCGGAUGAUGGAUGAUGGCUGUCACAUUGGUCCUGCAGCUUGGGAUGCACUCAUAAAUCUGUAUGCAGAGACUGGAGAGCUGGAGAAAGCUGAUUCGUUAUUGCGACAGGCAUCGCAGCGCACCGAGAAUAAGCCCCAUUACUCCUCAUAUAUGACACUGUUGGAUAAGUACUCUGAGAAGGGAGACAUCCAAAAUGCCGAGAAGAUAUUUCAGCGUCUCAGGCAGGCUGGAUAUGUUGGAAGAUUGAAGCCGUAUCAGUACCUACUCCAGGCCUACAACAAUGCCAAAGCACCAGCUUAUGGAUUCAGGGACAGGAUGAAAGCUGAGAACAUGCGUCCUAACAGGGCUAUGACAGCCCAACUUGUAGCUGCUGAUGCAUUGAUCAGGUCGCAGACUUUAGAUUUGUUUGAUUGAGCUCGGGCUUUAUUGUUCAAUCAAGAACAUUACUUGUCUUCCUGCUAGCUAGCGCAUAUGCAGCCGGAGAAUCCUGUCAUUGGCAUGCAUCUCGUCGUGUUUCCUUCUGCUGCCCUAUGCAUUUGAAGCGCUGGUUUUAGUAUGAAUUUACAUGUUUCGUACGAUGAUACCAUGUUCUUUUGAGAUUGCUGAUACUUUUUAUUUGGAUUUGGAGAAUCAAGAUGCAAUGACGUCUUAAACCUCUUAACCCUAAUGAUGGUGAUGGCAUUUGAGUUAACAGCUGGAUUUCUUGAAUUCAAUUGCUUAAUUUGCAUCA